AGAAAAGACAAAUACUGAAGGAUGUGGACAAAAAGAAGAAAAAGUAUGAGCCAAAACUGAGGAAAACUUUUCCUUUUAGACUUUAUUAGAUUUUGUGUCUAGUUAAUUAUCUUUAAGAAACUUUCAACUGUCUCUAUCUCUUACCUGUAUUACCUGUAUAUUGGAAGAAGCGUUUGGAAAAGAGGCCAAGCAUUAGAUCUCAUAUCUCUUCUUGCAGGGAAGAGACACUGAGAAAAUAUGCUGUUUAGAGAGUCUAUUGAGAAAACCAAGAACUUCUUUCAGAAAUCCCUUCUAAAUCUCAAGUCAGUUGUGUUUGGAGGAUACGAAAAGCUACCGAAACCUACUUUCUUGAACCCCUUUUCUUGCAGUACUUGCAAGGCUGAAAAUGACCAAACAGAUGAGUACUACAGAGAUUUCUACACUGAAUGGGAGUCUGAUCUAGAUGAGGCAAAGAAGGGAAAGAAUAAUAGUGUCAUACCAUCGAAAGAGGCGGCGAAGGAAGAAGAUGAAUGCAGUGCAAGGUUUAUGAGUUUUACGAAGCAGAAUGCAUUGAAGAACAAACAAGGGGGAAGAAAAGAAGAGAAGAAAAAGGGAAGUUUCCGUGCAGAUAAAAGGGAAGAUCAGUGUUGUCAUAACAUGAAUGCAGAGAGUUAUGCAUUAGCGCAAAAAAUGAAGCAAUUGGAUAUGGUUGAUGCUGGUGAUGUAGAGCAUGUGUUGGACAUUGAAGAGGCACUCCAUUAUUAUUCUCGCCUCAAAAGUCCUGUUUACCUUGACAUAGUCGAUUGGUUUUUCAUGGAUAUGUACUCAGAACUCUCUGUUCCUCAAGCUUCUGCCAAAAUCAACAGUUCAAAGCGAAGACUCCGAUCCAUUAGAUUGUAAAAAGUGCAGUCAGUCAGUGAGUUCUACCUUGUGCAUAUAGAACUGUUAUUUAGUCCUAUUUUCUUUUCUUUAUUUGUGUGUGAGAGUUUUGUUUGUGAUUGACAUUCAGCUUGUAGGAGUCUCUAUUGCUAUUUGCUUAAGCCUGUCUUGUUAGUUGUUACCAAUAAACUAUUUGCAAGUGUAGACAUUAGAAAUCCAUAUUUCAGGUCUUCCUUGUAGGCUUUUGUACUAUUUUUUUCACCCUCUUUACCAGUAUUUGUUAAAAGAAUGAAUGUGUUUAGAAGAAACAAGAUUGAAUUGGACCAUAAAUUUCUGUACUAAAGGUUCCGACA